UGGUUGUUAUAGUGAUAAACUGAGGCCUUGCCUCUUGGCUUCUCCGAGAAGAAAGGGGCGGGAGAUAACCUCUUUACUUCCCCUAGGGAAGACAGAAAGAAGGGAAGAAGGAGGGGGAUGGGUAGGGAAGAGAAAAAUACGUGACAAAGAAAACAUUCUCUGCCUGGGAGGAGACUGACAGAGGGUGUAGAGCUGAAGGGAGCAUUCACUGGCCAUGCCAGUACUUACCACUGAUGCUGAGUCAGAAACAGGUAUCCCAAAAUCCCUUUCCAAUGAGCCUCCCUCAGAAACCAUGGAGGAAAUAGAGCACACAUGCCCACAGCCUCGACUGACCCUGACUGCACCUGCCCCAUUUGCCGAUGAAACCAGCUGCCAAUGCCAAGCACCCCAUGAAAAACUGACCAUUGCUCAGGCCCGCUUAGGAACACCAGUUGACAGGCCUGUCCGAGUGUAUGCAGAUGGAAUAUUUGACCUCUUCCACUCAGGUCACGCGAGGGCACUUAUGCAAGCAAAAACACUGUUUCCCAACAGCUACUUGUUGGUAGGAGUUUGCAGUGAUGAUCUGACCCACAAAUUCAAAGGUUUCACUGUGAUGAAUGAAGCAGAGAGAUACGAGGCUCUCAGACACUGUCGCUACGUGGAUGAAGUAAUCAGAGAUGCUCCAUGGACACUAACUCCAGAGUUUCUGGAAAAACACAAGAUCGAUUUCGUGGCUCAUGAUGACAUUCCGUAUUCUUCUGCUGGCUCUGACGAUGUUUACAAGCAUAUAAAGGAAGCAGGGAUGUUUAUUCCAACACAGAGAACAGAAGGCAUCUCAACAUCAGACAUCAUCACCAGAAUUGUCCGUGACUAUGAUGUUUAUGCUAGGCGCAACCUCCAGAGAGGGUACACAGCCAAGGAACUGAAUGUCAGCUUUAUAAAUGAGAAGAAGUACCGUUUCCAGAAUCAGGUAGACAAGAUGAAGGAAAAGGUCAAGAACGUGGAGGAAAGAUCAAAGGAAUUUGUGAACAGGGUGGAAGAAAAGAGUCACGAUCUAAUUCAAAAGUGGGAAGAGAAGUCGAGGGAAUUCAUUGGCAACUUUCUAGAACUGUUUGGGCCUGAUGGAGCAUGGAAGCAGAUGUUCCAGGAGAGGAGCAGCCGGAUGCUGCAGGCCUUCUCCCCGAAGCAGAGCCCCGUGAGCAGCCCGACCAGGAGCCGGUCCCCUUCCCGCUCCCCGUCGCCCACUUUCUCAUGGCUUCCUAUCAAGACCUCACCCCCUUCCUCGCCCAAAGCUGCCUCAGCCUCCAUCAGCAGCAUGAGUGAGGGGGAUGAGGACGAGAAGUAAAGGCUGCUGGCAGACAGAAGCCGCACCACGUGGGAUGGGGAGGAGGGCGGGGUCACGGGCAUGCCUGAGUGGUGUUGGAACGGUGACAGUCACAGCAGCUGCAGUUCAACAGGGAGACCCUGCACUCUGCUAAGGGAAGGUCUGGGGACCAGGUCUCCCUCAAUCUCCACACAGCCCAGGGUUUGGGCUCAGUACGGAGGUUUCCAGCCAGACAACCUACACAAACCUUCUUAGCAUCAUCUAGAAUCACUGUACUUUAACCUUGCUAAGGAAGGAUGCAGAGUGCCCCACGGGGACUUGCACUGAGUGGAGUGUCUUCUGCUUUGGUCCUUACACCCGCCCCCACCAAGUAAACCACCUAUGGACGCGGCUGUUCCCUCAACCUGCUACUUCUGGCUCCAUAAGGGCCCUGCACGUUGCCUCGUAUCACCCAAGCUCUGGCAGAAUAAAGUUCUUUCCAAUA